AUGACUUCGAUUCUAGCAACACAGCCUGUCGCCUUUCUCCCGGAAAACAUUACGGUGCAGAUGGAUACAUCUCCAAGUGUCCAGAUACGCGACCCCGCCAUACAGCACAGCUCACAGUCGGAGACCGUCCACAAGGAUCGAGGUCGACGCAGAAGUCGUAACAGGAGUAAUGAUGGGCCGGCAGGAGCCUCAGCUGACGAGGAGGGCGAAGGCGCAGAUGGACCUUCCUCUGGGACCGAUGGCCCCUCGCGAAAGCGUCGUAGGAGCCGGAAAGGUUUGGAUAAAAAAUUUGAGUGCCCACAUGAAGGGUGCGGGAAGAGCUAUUCCAGAGCCGAGCACCUCUAUCGGCAUCAACUGAAUCAUACCCCGAAGCAAAUCUACAGUUGCGACUUUCCAGAUUGCCAUCGUACAUUCGUGAGACAGGACUUAUGCAACAGGCAUCGGGAUCGGCAUACUGCGAAAGGAUCUCAACUUAACAGGAAAGAUUCUAUUCUGGGGUACGGCUCACCUGUUAUCGAAACUAGCAAGCCCUCAACAAUGCAUGGAGUUUCUUCUCCAGAACUCACUAGGGCCAGCCUUUCUGGAAUCAAGUCACAUACGAACAAGCCGCAGUACCAGUCACCCCAAGAAAUGAGUAACAGUCCGUAUAUACCCGCGACCAACCCAUCUUCAGGGACAUACUCAGGCGCAUCUUCGUCAACUGGAGCCGACGGCUUUUCCCAAGCUAGUGCAUUCAGGCGUUCCAACAGUAACAGCGUGUCCAGAGGACACGAUUCAGCCAAUGCAACCCCAAAUAGUCGGCCUCAGCGACAUGCCAGCUUUGGAGUCUCAGACGCCAAGCCAGCAGAGUUUUCGAGGCCUCCUCUUCAGACAACGGUUGGGCCGUAUGGGCUGCUCUCCUCUACUUCAAGUAGCCAGAACUAUCACAACAACCCAUCUAGUCCAGCUACCUACGUAAACCAACAGAACUUUGCGCCCUUCUCUCUGCCUCCCCCAACAUUCCCAACAGCGACAACUUCUAUCUCUGCAAGGACUUCAGAGUCUUAUCAUCCUACUUCCAUGCCCACGGACUACCCAAGUGAGACCCUCAACCCUCAACAAUCGGGGCCGGACAUGAUGCUUCUAGAUCAGAUGAGUGCACCAAAUACAAUGCCAGUCUUCGGGGGUGAAGGUUACAACCGAUCGCCCUUUGCAAUUCCCGAGGAUUUUGUUGCAUAUUUGUUCAAUGGACAGCAGUUGGAUGGUUCUUCCCCUAUCAGCCAGAUGAGCCAACCAGGCUACGCAAGCUACCCUGAUGUACAGAACCAGUACUAUGCUCCAUAUUUCGCCAGUGAUAUGAAUCUCGGAGGUUUCUUUCCAGCCGGCCAGCCGGUACAUCAUCCAAUGGCAGUGACGAGUAUCCUAGACACCAGCCUCCCGGAAAGUGUCCUGUCCGAGGAGAAGAGCCAGGCCAUCAUUGAUUUAAUCAAAGAGCGAUUUAAUGAGACUGAUCAUGCACCAGUCGCGCGACAAAAGGAAGCUCUGCUUGAGGGCGACCGCAGCAAUGAUAGUCACAUGCUGAGCCGCAAGAUGAUGCAGACGUAUAUCGGGAGUUAUUGGUAUAACUUCAGCGAGCAGAUUCCAAUCCUACAUAAGCCGACAUUUUCGCCAGAUAGGACACCAAAUCUACUUUUGAUUGCCAUGAUGGCCAUUGGUGCUUCGUGUCUUGACAAAAUUCAUGGUUACGAAGUGACACGGCAAGGUGCUGAGCUAUCGAACUUCUUGGCUUGGCAUCUGAGAUGGGAGAUAUUUAGUGAUAACCAUUUCCGACCCCCGGCAAAGCUGUGGGUUUUCCAAGCUCUACUGCUCUUGGAACUGUACGAGAAGAUGUAUUCGACGCGAGCUUUGCAUGAGAGAGCUCACAUACACCAUGCAACCACUAUUACUCUUAUGCGUAGGGGUAGCUCACUUAUUGGAAGGUCGGCUCUAGAUUCUCCCCCGAGUGUAAGGGAUGACAAGCAGGGAGCAAAUGGGUCAAGGCAGUCUUCGGCCUCCGGGGCCAACACUCCCGAUGAGUGGUGGAACCACUGGAUCACCAACGAAGCGACAAGACGUGCUGCAUUUGCGGCCUUCGUGAUUGAUUCAACGCAUGCCACUAUGUUCGGGCAUUCUACGGUCAUGGUUGCCCAUGAAAUGAGACUUCCUCUCCCUUGUGACGAGUCGCUCUGGAACGCGACAACUAGUGCCGAAGUGGGUCGGCUCGAGGCCAACCUCCAUGCCAACGGUAUUAAACCAAUCUCGUUCUUAGAAGGGCUCAAGCGUACUCUCAAUGCACAGGAGGUGCGUACAAACUCCUUCGGACGAACUAUUCUCAUGGCUGGCCUACUCAGUGUGAGCUGGCAUAUGAACCAACGAGAUCUCCAGGUCAACUCCCUCGGAGUUUCACAUGCUCUUGGUGGUCGAGAUAAAUGGAGAGGAUCGCUCACUAGGGCUUUUGAUCUGUGGAAGGCGGACUUUGAUAGAUCUCUGGCUCGUCAGACGGAGAACGUCCCGACCCCGUAUGUUUAUUCUGAGAAGAAGGAAGAAAGUAUCGUCUUUCAGAGCAGGACGGUUCUCCAUCACCUGGCUCACAUGGCAAUGCACGUCGAUAUUGUGGACUGUCAAAUAUACGCUCGGGCAGACAGACUCUUGGGUCGCAGCAUUGGCCCUCAGGAUCUGAAUAGCGCUCAGCGGCGCAUGAAGGACAACUGGGCCCCUACAGCGAAAGCUCGAGACGCCACUUGGUACGCUCUUCGAUUCCUCAGCUCAGUUCUCCUGCCAGAGGAGUCCACAUCGCCAGGCAUUCACGGUCGACACCCAGAGAAGCCCUUUGACUACUCAGCUCGCGAUGACGUGCUGCUCAACCGACCUUGGGUCUUGUAUUUUGCCUCUCUAAUCGUGUGGUGCUACGGAUUUGCCUUGGAAGGCCCAACCACCGCGCCUAUCCCUCCGGUGCACGAUUUCGAAAGCCAGGUGCGCGACAUGCGUCAGUAUCUGCGACGAGUCGGUGGUGUUCGAUCGCCCGAGGAUCUCAAAUCCAUACGCGGCUUCAAUGCCUGCAGCGGCAUGUUGAUGGUCCUCCGCACAGUAUUCGAGAAGACCCGGUGGGAAUUACUUCACGAGGCCGCCCGCCUGUUGAAUAACUGCCUCCACCUACUCAGUGGCGCACAGUCCUGA